AUAACUCAUGAGCUUUCUGUCGCUGAGCUUUGUCUCGUGUUAAUAUUGUUAUCCAUUGUACCUAACCCGUUACUUUACAAUGCCUUCUUUCAACAUUGUCGUUUUCGGCGGAGACCACUGUGGUCCAGAGGUUACCGCAGAGGCCAUCAAGGUCCUCCGUGCCAUUGAGAAGAGCCGUAGUGAUAUCACCUUCAACCUUCAAGACCACUUGUUGGGAGGAGCAUCAAUUGAUGCCACAGGAUCCCCAUUGACCGACGAAGCCCUGAACGCAGCCAAAAACGCCGACGCCGUUCUCCUGGGUGCUAUCGGUGGACCGAAAUGGGGCACCGGUUCCGUUCGCCCGGAACAAGGCAUCCUGAAGCUCCGCAAAGAAAUGGGCACCUUCGGUAACCUGCGCCCCUGCAACUUCGCCGCACCUUCCCUCGUCGAGAGCUCCCCCCUUCGCGCCGACGUCUGCCGCGGCGUUAACUUCAACAUUAUCCGUGAGUUGACGGGCGGUAUCUACUUCGGCGAGCGCAAGGAAGACGACGGCAGCGGAUACGCAAUGGACACGGAGCCGUACUCGCGCGCUGAGAUCGAGCGCAUCAUCCGUCUGGCCGCUCACCUGGCCCUGCAGCACAACCCCCCUCUUCCUGUGUGGAGUUUGGACAAGGCCAACGUCCUGGCUACUAGCCGUCUGUGGCGUAAGACUGUUACUGAGGUCAUGGCGAAGGAGUUCCCUCAGCUGAAGAUCGAGCAUCAGCUGAUUGACUCUGCGGCUAUGAUCAUGGUCAAGAACCCCCGCCAGCUGAAUGGUAUCGUCGUUACGAGCAACUUGUUCGGUGAUAUCAUCAGUGAUGAGGCUAGUGUUAUUCCCGGAUCGCUGGGUUUGCUUCCUAGUGCUAGUUUGAGCGGUAUCCCUGAUGGAAAGAGCAAGGUUAAUGGUAUCUAUGAGCCUAUUCACGGCUCUGCUCCCGAUAUUGCGGGAAAGGGCAUCGUCAACCCCGUCGCUGCUAUUCUCUCCGUUGCUAUGAUGAUGCAGUACUCUUUCGGUCUGUUUGCCGAGGCCCGCGCUAUCGAGCAGGCUGUCAGCAACAUUAUCGAGUCUGGCGUCCGCACUGGUGACAUUGGUGGUAAGGCUACCACCGCUGAAGUCGGUGAUGCUGUUGCUGCUGAAUUGGAGAAGCUGUUGAAGUAAAUGGUACUCUGAAGGAAAUGGGGGAGAGAUGGAAGGGAAAAGUACAUUUUUAAGCUGAACGCAAUGAGAUAUGACCUUCUGGAUAAUCUAUAUAUAGAUGACAAAUUUAUUUAAUUCGCUUGCCUCCCAGAUCCUAGAGACUAUCAAG